UCUUCUUUUUAUCUCACCAAUUUGUCUAACACCAAUAACUGGAAUAGUUUGUUGCAGUGGGCUGUUUGAGAAAGUUAUGCAACGUCUCCAAUUCUGACCCCCAAACACAACAACUACUUCAUGUGUGACAUUAGGUGGGAGAAAAAAUGCAUCAAAUGGUUCUAAUAAAUGGUUUAUGGACAGUGCGUGUUAGUAGCUGUGCUGAUUAAUCCUACGCCUGGAUUGGGCUAGUUUGCGAAUUGGCCUAUGCAGAAUGUUUUACCCCUCAAUACCACCCCCGCCUUAAAAAAAAAGGAACCCGAGUUCACUCUUGGGCCAUGAUGUGAGGCCACAGAGUCUAUCUCCUCUCACAUCUAUACCCUUAAUCAAUCAAAGGAAUUAACAAAUAACUACCUCCUCUCACAUCAACAAAAAUACCCAACCUUCACUCCCCACCACUUGUCACACCACAGAAGCAAUGCGCCUCCCCGACGGAAGCCUCGCGGAAUCCCAAGUAGUCGCCGAAACCCUCACUCGCCGAGGACCCUCUGGCCUCCUCCCCUUAGACCGGGCCCUCCUCCACUCCCCGCCAGUAACAUCAGGCUGGAACGCCUUCUUUGGCGCAAUCCGCACCCAAACCCUCCUCCCGGCCGACCUUCUGGAGCUCGCGAUCUGUCGCGUUGCGGUCAUUACCCGCGCUCACUUCGAAUGGACACAGCACGCCCCAUUGGCCCUCGCCGCGGGCGUAACCCCGCAGGGCUUGAGGGCGAUUAGGGAUAGUGACGAUGACAGCGAGUGGGAGAAGGUGGGGUUGACGGAGAAGCAGAGGGCGGUGGUAGGAUUUGCGAGUGAGAGUACCAGGGAUGUUAGGGUCUCCGAUGCGGCUUUUGAGAGAGUUAGGGGGUUGUUCCUAGAUCGAGAGGUGGUGGAGAUUACGGCGGUGGUGGGGGGCUAUAAUUGUGUGUCGAGGUUUUUGGUUGCGUUGGAGGUUGGCGAGGGGAAUUCGGUUGAGGUGGAGGAUUAUGAGAUCCCCGGGGAAGGUCGUGGGGGAUAGACAGGGUACCGGUAUGUGUUGACCGGCCGACUUGGACUGAUCGACGCCUCCCACUCGUACUUGUAUCAUAACUUUCAGACGUUUGUGAACUCAGCUGGUGUUUCAUGUUGUCGGGAGAUGGGGCGGAGCCUCAAACCCUUGGCGGCGCGCAAUCGCAGUCUUGUUCACAAACGCCAGAUAAUUACAAGUGGAAGAGGAGAGCAGGACCGCUGCAGAGGAAAUAACUGCCUUUAGGGCGUUGGAAUAUAGGUGUACUGUACAUGGAGAAAAUAUAAUCCAAAAAUUCCUGUGGGA